AUGGCAGACCCAUCAACACCCUUGACAGCACUCUGCAGCAUCUGCCACAGCGCACCUCCCAAAUACACAUGUCCCCGUGAUGCCGUCCGCACUUGCAGUCUCGCCUGCUCACAAUCUCACAAACGACGUGCCGCAUGCAGUGGUAUCCGCGACCCAGCCGCCUACGUAUCUAAAUCGUCCCUUCAAACCGCUGGUGGUAUUGACCGCGACUACAACUUCCUCAGCGGAUUGGAACGCAACCUCUCACGCGCCGACAAAGAGACCUCCGAACGCGGCGUCUCCCUCGAUGGAAAAGGCAAACCCAUAUUCCAGAAACGAUGGCAUGAUAAUGGUGCUUUGGGGAAGUAUUUGAAAGAGUAUGGGAUUGUGGUGCAUAAAGCGCCGAUAGGGAUGGCGAGGCAAAAAGCAAAUCAGACGAGGUUCAUACAGAAGAGUAAGAGGAUUGUGUGGAGUGUGGAGUGGGUUGUUGCAGGUGAGAAGAGGGUUGUUGAGGUUGAUGAGAGUAGAACGAUUGAGGAGGCGUGGAGGGAGUUUGUGGUGGAAAAAGAGAGGGAGAACAAGAAGAGAAAGAGGACGCAGGAAGAUGGUGGAGGGAAAAUGCAGAAGCAGAAGGUGCAAGCAGAGAAGUCUGAUGUUGAGGAGUCGAAAACAUCAUCUGUGGAAGGCGCCACAACGGAUGCUGAACCUGCUACGGAAGCAGAAGGAGCAACGACGAAUGACGCUCCGAUUGCUCCUUCCACGGAAGAAAUCACAGCAGAAGAUGCAUCACAACAGCAACCACCCAAAGAAGACAUUUCAACACAAGGGACUACGCACUUCUACCUACACAAACCGCACACCUCAUCAACGAGCACCGUCCUCAUACCGCUCGACCCGACUACCGCCUUAACGACCGCUCUUCACCAGAAACAUGUCCUCGAAUUUCCUACGAUAUACGCCUUCACCUCUGCUUCGUCACCCCAACAACCUGCCCUCAAAGCGCAAGCUGCAAAGGACGCAACACAUAAUUUACCUCAAGGCUUCAUCACUGUUCAACAAUACAACGAACAGCGAACAGCUGAGGACAGAGAAUUGAUGGGACUGAUGGAGUCGAUACCAGAGAGACAACGAAAGAUUGCCUUAGAUGGUGGUAUCUUUGGCGGUAGCGGGGAGAAAGAGGAAACAGUGGAUGAGAAACAGAUUCUGGAGGUGCUGCAACGGGAUGCUGAUGCUCUGAAGCGAUGA